UUUACAUUAACAGAUAAUGUGGUCACCGUUGAUGAAAACCAUACUGCAGUCUUUGAAACGGAUAAGAUUUCUGGAACUAGUGUUUCUUUGAUAGGAAAGGAGGAACUGAAGAAGGGCCCGCUAAAAUUAUCAGGAACAAUCGAAGAAAUGCAUGGUCAUACGUCCAUUUGUAAAAUUCUAUUCUUUGUAAACGAUGUAACAUCACGUGGUCUCACUGUUUUGCUGGCAUGCAUUGAAAAAUCAAAGAUGCAAGCGUUUUGCCAAAGUUGCGAAGAUAGGGGUUUUCACCUGUUUAAGAACUGGAUAAGCAAAGAUUUUGUCUUCAAACCACAAAUAAAAAUUGAUAUCAAUUUGAAAGGGUGUUUUGGAUUGCCACGCUUUACAUCAAGGAAAAGAUUAGACCUGACAUUUUUACCUAACUCCGCGGAAAAUUUUACACGAUUCGUUGUCGAAAUUAAACACAAGAUUGAUCAAGAUGUUUAUGGACUUCUGUUACUCACCAAAGAUCAAGAAAUAAUUGAUGAAAUAAGCUAUAAUACAUUGAGCACCAAAGAAUACGCAAAUGCAACUCUACUGAAAGGACGAAAUACUUCUGACCGAAGAGCUAGAACGGCACGACCUGAUCAAAUGACCCCUACAAAGGGAACAAGCUACAUUAAUAGACAACCUACCUUGUCAGUUCGCCAAUACAGUGAAGAUGAUUUCUUGACAGAAAAAGGCAUGAUGGCGAUAGGAAAGUUGCUUAAUGCAGACAAACUGUUUGAAACAGUUCUUCAUCUGGAUAUGAAACAGGUUCAAUAUGACCAAAUUUGUGAAAAAGUGCCGUCAAGUAACAGGCAAGCUUUCACAUUGCUAAAGACUGCUCUCGAUCAACUGAAGAACAACAAAGUUGACAAGUUAUUAUCUGCCCUUGAAAGUGUUGGCGAAGGAGGAUUAGCUGAAAAUAUUCGCCAAUUAUACAAAGACAGGAAAGAGUUGUCCCAAAUACAUAUGAUACAUUAA